UUUCUCUUCCUUCACUCCUUUAACCUCUCAUAUACCUUCUCGGUCAUUCACGAGGACUUCCUUUCGUGUACAGACUUUUGCAAGAAGCGCGCGACUGGCUUGCUGUGACUUUGGUAUUAGGUCCACAUUUGACGCAAUACCCAACAGCUCGCGCCCCGUGCCAUAUCAACAAACACGAUGAAGUUCAAUACUGUCGCCCUCACUUUGGCUACGGCCGGAUCGUUGGUGUCUGCUCAGCACCACCACCAGCACCGCCACCACCACAAGCGCUCCCCCGAGACUGAGGUCGUCACCGUGCCCGGUCCCACCGUUACCACCUAUGUCCUCGACGGAAAGGUCAUCUCUCUGGACGAUGUUUGCGCCGGUAUCGCCAAGGGAACCUUGACGUGGUCCGGAAGCGUCCCUGCCAAUGCUUGCAAGUCCUCCUCGACCGUCUCUUCCACGACGACCCCUACGGCUUCCCUCGAGGCUGCUGCGGAAUUCAUCGAGGUCGCCGUCAAGCACUCGUCGAGCAGCAGCAGCAGCAGCAGCAGCAGCAGCACCAAGACUACCAGCACCAAGACUAGCAGCGCCUACUCUUACUCGGCCAGUGCCUCGGCGAGCAGCUCUGCCAGCAGCUCCUCCUCUGCCACCGGCGUGGGCAAGGAUUUCCCCGAUGGAGAGCUUAGCUGCGAUACUUUCCCCUCCGAGUACGGUGCCGUUGCCCUCGACUACCUUGGCCUCGGCGGUUGGUCUGGUAUUCAGUACGUGACCAUCGUUGACGAGAUCGUGGACACCAUUGUGACCGGUGUUACCGGAGACUCCUGCAUUUCUGGAGCCAUGUGCUCCUACGCCUGCCCUGCAGGCUACCAGAAGUCCCAGUGGCCCAGUGCCCAGGGUUCGACUGGCCAGUCCGUCGGUGGUAUUGAGUGCAAGAAUGGAAAGCUUUACCUCACCAACUCGGCUCUUUCCAAGAAGCUUUGCAUUGAGGGUGUUGGCGGUGUUCACGUGCAGAACAACCUGAGCGAGGAUGUUGCUGUUUGCCGUACUGACUACCCUGGUACCGAGUCCGAGACCAUUCCUCUCACUGUCUCCAGCAACAGCGAACUCCACCCCCUGACCUGCCCCAACGGCGAGACCUACUACAAGUGGGAGGGCAAGACCACCUCCGCCCAGUACUACAUCAACCCCAAGGGUGUGUCCACCUCGGUGGGCUGCCAGUGGGGUAACAGCAGCGAGCCCUACGGCAACUGGGCUCCUCUCAACAUGGGUGUCGGUGAGAACGACGGCAAGUGGCUCUCGCUCUUCCAGAACAGCCCUACCACCUCCACCAAGCUUGACUUCAACGUGAAGAUCGAGGGUGAUAACCUGAGCGGAUCCUGCAAGUAUGAGGACGGUACUUUUUACUCUGAGACCGGCUCCAACGACUCCGGAUGCACUGUUGAGGUUCUCUCCGGCUCCGCCACCUAUGUCUUCUACUAAGGUAAAACCCAGCCGCCACCCUUCGGUUCGGUUUAGGACCACGCCUAGACUGACCCAGGCGGCUUGCAAAUAGAAGAACUUUCAUGCCUCUGUUCGUCUUGUUCAUGAUUCUCUGUCCAGUGCGCUUGCUUUCUUCUCUGUAUCUUACUAUAUUGUCUUAUGUGACUUGGAAAAUAUAGCACCUGUCACAUUUGUCACGUCACCAUUCGCUUGAUGGAGACGAUUGUGGUUAGACCUUACCUUCUCUACUGCAAAGUAACCCUGAUUUCCGUCUUUCUAGCCGCACUGUCCCUUUAUUCCCCAUCAGCAGCUUGGCCUGCUUGUCAUGUUAUAACCUAGCAACCGUUGUACAGUAGUAUUAUGUUGAAUCAUUUCGUGUUCGAUCGUAUUCUGUAGGAUGGCUUG